UGAGCUGUGGUUGUUGGAAAUGCAAGCAGAGUUUAAUGAGAACUAGCAACACACACAAAAUGCUGGUGGAACACAGCAGGCCAGGCAGCAUCUAUAGGAAGAAGUACCGUCGACGUUUCAGGCCGAGACCCUUCAUCAGGACUAACUGAAAGGAAAGGAUUCUUGAGCUGACCUUUAGAAGUCAAGCGCAAGGAGUAAGACGUAGGUUUCUUUACUGCCCAAGAAAGUGAGGAAGUAUGAAAACCAUCCUUUGCAUUCUCCAUCAAUGUUUGGCCCUGGUGUUCCUCCACUGCACCUUGGAGCUACACUGUUUGGAACAGAAAAAAGCACAACCAAUCCCCAGAAUUCAACUGCGGCUGGCUGGCCGGAGGAAGAAAGGGAACGAGGGCCGAAUUGAGGUCCACUACAAUGGCGAGUGGGGCACUGUGUGUGACGAUGAUUUCUCCAUUGCAACAGCGCAUGUGAUUUGCAAGGAGCUGGGCUUCAUUCAAGCGGAAAGCUGGAUGCCUAGCGCCAAGUAUGGCCAAGGAAAAGGCCGUGUUUGGAUGGAUAAUAUCCGAUGUACUGGAGCCGAGACCACCCUUGCUGCUUGCAAUUUCAAUGGCUGGGGGGUCACUGACUGCAAGCACUCAGAAGAUGUCGGAGUAGUGUGCAACGAAAAGAGAAUACCUGGCUUCAAAUUCACCAACACUUUUAUCAAUGAUAUAGAGGAGGCGCAGCAACACGUAGAAGACAUUCGCAUUAAGGGGGUCUUUGGAUCCUCCAGGAGCAGCUUGCCUGUGACCGAGGGUUACGUGGAGGUUAAACAGGAUGAGAAAUGGAAGCGGAUCUGUAGCACGGGCUGGACAGAGCUGAACACAAGGGUGAUCUGCGGCAUGUUCGGAUUCCCGACGGAUAAAAGCUACAAUGCCAGAGUUUACAAGACUUUUGCGAGCAGGAAGAAGCACACUUACUGGCCCUACUCCAUCAACUGCACAGGCACCGAGGUUCACCUCUCCAACUGUGGCUUGGGCCCUCCCGCAGUGGACAGGAACCACACGUGCAAGAGCGGGAUGCCCGUGGUGGUGAGCUGCGUCGCAGGGCGGCCCUUCGCAACCAUCACCUCCACUCGAAUCCGGAAAGCCUUCCCGCUCAAGGAACCACAGGUUCGUCUCAGGGGAGGAGCCAGGAUCGGAGAAGGCAGAGUGGAAGUGUUGAAGGACGGGCAUUGGGGAACCAUAUGCGACGACCAGUGGAGUCUGAUAUCAGCCAGUGUGGUCUGUCGGCAACUGGGCUUUGGCACAGCCAAGGAUGCCUUGGCUGGAUCUCAAAUGGGAAAAGGAAUCGGCGCAAUUCACAUGAGCAAAGUGUCAUGUACGGGCUUCGAGAACUCUAUCACCGACUGCUCCUUCAACCAGUACGACUUGUGUAACCACGAUGAGGAUGCUUCAGUGCGGUGUAACAUUCCAAACAUGGGUUUUGAAAACCAGAUUCGACUGGUUGGAGGUCGUACACCUUAUGAAGGACGGGUGGAGGUUUUGGCAAGGAAGAAUGGUGCCUUAAAGUGGGGCACAGUCUGCAGCGACAACUGGGGCAUCAUGGAAGCCUUAGUAGUGUGUCGGCAGCUGGGUCUGGGUUUUGCUGACCAUGCAGUUCAGGACUCCUGGUUCUGGGCUGGCGACCCAUCAGCAGAUGAAGUGGUGAUGAGUGGAGUCAAGUGCUCUGGGGCCGAAGUGUCCCUGUUCCAGUGUCGCCACCACGGUGAAGAUCUUGAGUGCUCCAACAAUGGAGGGCGUUUUGCCGCAGGAAUCUCCUGCACUGAAGCUGCUUCUGACAUCGUUCUCAACCCCGAGGUCGUUCAGGAGACCACGUACCUGGAGAACCGGCCCAUGGCCUUGCUGACCUGCGCGAUGGAGGAGAACUGCCUGGCAGCGUCGGCCGAGGGGCAGCCCCUCCUCAGCAGCUAUCGUCGCCUCCUGCGCUUCUCCUCCCAGAUCCACAACAACGGUGAGGCCGACUUCCGGCCAAAGGCAGGGCGGCAUGAGUGGCAGUGGCACGAGUGCCACAGGCACUACCACAGCAUGGAGGUCUUUACCAAUUACGACCUUUUAUCGCUGAAUGGGACAAAGGUUGCAGAGGGUCACAAGGCCAGCUUCUGUCUCGAGGAUACAGAGUGUGACUCAGAGGAGCGGAAGAACUACCAGUGCGCCAACUUUGGGGAGCAGGGUAUCACAGCGGGCUGCUGGGAUACAUACCGGCAUGACAUUGACUGCCAGUGGAUCGACAUCACGGACGUUCCCCCGGGAGAGUACGUGCUGCAGGUUGCCGUCAACCCUAAUUUCGAGGUGGUAGAGUCCGACUUCACCAACAACGUGGUGAAAUGUCGAUGCAAGUAUGAUGGGCAUCGCAUUUGGUCUUACAACUGCCACAUUGAUGGCUCCUUGAGCGUGGAGACAGAGGAGCAAUUCGACCACUUUCCCGGAGUGAUGAGCAACCAUCUGUCCAACUGGUAACGUCGCAGCCAAAGAAUAGGUCUGCAGUAAAGCUUGCCGAUGGAGAUGCCCAGUGAAAUACUGUCAAUGGCAGAGAGUGACUUGGCCUCGUGUGAUCAAUGCAACAUUGGUGCUAUACUCCCACUUCAAGGAUAAAGCAGGCUGCGGGGGUAAAAUAAUUCUCCGGUGUGAGGUGUGCUCCUGCCAAGGAAGCAGCACACUAAACAUUACCUGCCAGUGUCAACACACACACACAGAUUAGAUGUACACACAUGAAUAAACACACAGUAGAUUAUUUACAUACAGGUCUACACAGAUACAUAUACACAUGUACAUGGCGGCACAUGUAUGCAACCAAAGAUCUGACCACACAAGCAUGCAUCAUCUUGACAUGCAUGACAGACAGACAGACACACACUCAAAUGCACAAUCAGAUAAGCAGAAACACACACACACACACUCACUCACUCACUCUCGGCUUCAGUCUCCGACUGUGUCUCUCUCGAUCCCAUGAGCAGGUACUGUGGUCCAGAAUCUGGGACAAACCUGGCGCCUGCCACGGUUCUCUUUGGCUGUUUGCCAGGAGCGCAAGGAGAGAGUGAUCCAGCAUGGGGUCUUGAAGCCGUGGAGGGCCACACUGGAAUUCAGGGUCACUCACUGUUUUAUUUUACUCUUGCGACACGUCCUCAGAAGGGGAGACCACAUCUCAUGCCAAGGAUAAGAGGCAAUGAAAAUCACACCAAACUUGAAGAGUUAAUAGGCAACAGCUCAAUUCUUUGUUACGGUCCAUGUCUGAGUCUUUUGUACCCUCCCUGACCCAUCUGCUUUGUACAGUAAUGAAAACUACAGUUGUGCAUCUCAAAGUUGGUUAUUUACUUGGAAUUUGCAAACAAAAAAAAACCACUGUGUAAUAAAAGAGUUACCGAUGAUGUUUCCUCUGCUUUGCUUCAAACAGAAGGUGUUUCUGCCAUGUGUUGCAAUAGAACCUGCGCUCCCUUCAAUGGAUACCACUUGAAAUGAUGCAGUAACAGUUUCAUGCUUCUUUUAUACAUGCACUUAAGCCAAGAAAGAAGAAGAUGUGAAGGCAGCCAUUUGAAAGUUUGGUUGAGAGGCAGAAGGACGUGGUGGUGCUGGUGGGGGUGUUACUGGUUUUUAGAGCCUAGAACCCAGGCUGUGUUCACUCAUCCAGGAAAGUAGAUGAAGGCAAGGCAGUGGAUGUUGACUACAUGGACUUUCUCAUGGUAUUUGACAAGGUCCCCCAUGUGAGAGGUUGGUCAAAAUGGUUCAGUCACAUGGCAUUCAUGAGGUAGUAAAUUGGCUUUAUUGGAGAAACCAGAGAUUAGUAGUCGAUGGUUGCCUCUCUGACUGGAGGCCUGUGAUUAGGGAGUGCCACAGGGAUCGGUGCUGGGUCUUUUGUUGUUUGUCAUGUACAGUAGAUCCAAGAUCUGGAGGAUAAUGCAGUUAACCGGAUCAACAGAUUUGCGGAUGACAUCAAGAUUGGGGGUGUAGUGGACAGUGAGGAAGGCUAUCAUGGCUUGCAGGGGGAUAUGGAUCAGCUGGAAAAAUGGACUGAAAUAUGGUAGAUGGAAUUCAAUGCAGACUAGUGCGAGCUGUUGCACCAGGACCAACCAGAGUAGGUCUCACACAGCGAAUGGUAGGGCACUGAGGAGUGUGGUCGAACAAAGGGAUCUGGGAAUACAGAUCCAUAAUUUGUUGAAAGUGCCGUCACAGGUAGAUAGGAUUGUGAGGGCUUCAUAAAUCAAUGUAUUGAGUACAGGAAAUGGGAUGUUGUGUUGAAGUUGUAUAAGCUGUUGGUGAGGCCUAAUAUGGAGUACUGUAUGUAGUUUAGGUCACCUACCUACAGAAAAGAUGUAAACCAGGUUGAAAGAGUGCAGAGAAAAUUUACGAGGAUCUGAGUUAUAAGGAAACAUUGAAUAGGUUAGGACUUUAUUCCUUAGAAUGUAGAAGAUUGAGAAGAGAUUUGAUAGAGCUAUGCAAAAUUAUGAGGGGCAUAGAUACGGUAAAUGCAAGCACGUUUUUUCCACUGAGGUUGGGUGGGAUUACAACCAGAGGUCAUGGUUUAAGGUUGAAAGGUCAAAAGUUUAAGAGGAACAUAUGGAGAAACUUCUUCACUCAAAGGGUUGUGAGAGUGUGGAAUGAGCUGCCAGCACAAGUGGUGCCUGUGAGGUCAGUUUCAAUUUUCAAAUGAAGUUUGGAUAGGUACAUGGAUGUAGGGAUAUGGAUGGCCAUGGUCCCAGAUCAUGUUGAUGUGAGUAAACAGUUUAAAUGGUUUUAGCAUGCACUAAAUGGGCUGAAGGGCCUGUUACUGUGCUGUCCUUCUCUAUGACUAUAACUCAUCAGUGGUGGAGAGAUCAAGGCUGGAACUGGAGGAGGGCCAAGAUCUCGGAGAGUUGUUGGGAAGAAGUCUACAGGGAUGGGGAGUGAUGAGACCACAGACAAAUUUGAAAAUAAGUUUGAGGAUAUUUUAAACCAAACUGGUAGGAUUACAAAGAUAAGUGGAGAUAAAGAUGGAGGGUUAAGGCAGAGGUAAUAAUUUUACCAAAGUGUGUUAUGUCUUUGAAUAGCACUGAAAUGUGUGGGAUUGGAAACUUCGUGCUGGGCCUUGUACAAUGUCAUAGGGUUAUAGAGAGUUUGGCACAUAAACAGGCUGUUUGGCCCACAGCGUCUAUGUUUACCAUUAGCUACACUAAUGCUACAUUAAUCCCAUUUUUGAUUCUCCUGUCAUUCUCAGCAGUUCCCCUGGAAGCUACCACUCACCUACACACUAGUAAAUUUGACAAUUAACUUACCUACUGCAUAUUUUACAGAUGUGGGAGGAACCAGAGCAUCUGGUUAAAACCCAAGUGGUCACAGAGAGAGCAUGCAAACUCCAUACAGACAGCACCUGAGGUCAGUAUUGAACCUGAGACUCUAGCGCUGUGAGGUAGUGACUGUACAAGCUGUAUCUCUGAGACCGAAAGUAGCUUUUCUCCCAGGCUUGGGCAAUCAUGAACCAAAGGGUAUUGAUUUGAGUUGAGAGGGAAAUAAGUGAGAAGGAACUUGAAGGCCAACAUUUUUACACAAAGGGUGGUAUAUAUGGGGAAUAAUCUGCCAGAGGAAGUGGUUAAGGAAGGUGCAAUAAUAAUUUCUGAAAGACAGCUGAGUAGGUAAAUGGAUUGAAGUUAAAAGGUUAUAUGCCAAGUGGCCAGAUUCAAUGUUGUAUGAACCAGAAUCAGAAUCAGGUUUAAUAUCACUGGCAUAUGUCAUGAAAUUUCUUGACUUUGCUACAGCAGUGCAAUGCAAUACAUAAUAAAAGACAAAAAACAUGAAUUACAGUAAGUAUAUGCAAAUGUUUGUAUAUAAAGUGGUUAAAUUAAAUAAGUAGUACAAAAAUGAAAAUAAAAAGGUAGUGAGGUUCAUGGGUUCAAUAUCCAUCCAGAAGUCAGAUGGCAGAGGGGAAAAAAGCUGUUUCUGGAUCAUUGAGUCUAUGCCUUCAGGCUUCUGUACCUCCUUCAUUAUGGUAGCAAUGAGAAUAAGGCAUGACCCAGGUGAUGGAGGUCCUUAAUGAUGGCUGCCUUUGAAGGCAUCACUCCUUGAAGGUGUCCUGGAUACCACGGAGGUCAGUGCCCACGAUGGAGCUGUCUGAGUAUUCGACCCUUUAAUUCUAUGAACCCAUUUUGUAACUGAGACUGAGAAGUGCAGACAUGUUGUAUUGGCAGGGCAAGAGUUCUUGAUUGUUGCCUUAAACCAGUUAAAUGCCUUAGUAAAUAACUUAAACCGGUUUACCUCUACAGGUCUGGUAAAAAUGGGAAAAGAGCUGAAUCAACAGGGAUCUCCACAAGUGAAAAUUGUGGACAAUUGGCAAUGCAGAGGAGCUGAGAGAAAAGGUCUGGGUAACGCUGUGACAUUCAGUGCACUGGUGAUUGUUGAACUGAUGUCAAGCUUGCAUUGCCCGAUGACAUGGAGAAGGCUCCUCUGCAAAGUUCAGCCAUGGACACUGGCAAUCCUGCUCUGUAAGCUUUGAAUGAAUGCCCAGGAGUAAGAUCUUCCCCAUUGCCUGCCUGGCUGAAGCCCUUCAGAGUUUUCAGGAGCUCAGCUGGGUGAUUCCAAGUAUUCAGAGCAUGUUUCGAGGGGUGGGUGUUUCUCUAUCUCAGACUGGCAGCCUAUCAGUGAGAAGUGAUACUCUUUAUCAUGUCCUUUCAGCUUUGAGUUUCCGGGAAGAUUAAACCACAGUUUAAUUUCAUCCCCUCCCUGCUCCUUCUCCGCCUGCUGCAGAGUCCCUGAAAGCAGCUUCUGUUCCAGCCUGCAGUCCAGGAGGGUACAUCCGAGGCUGCUUGAGCAUGACGGGCAUUAAUUGCAGAGCUGGGCUGAGGUUUAAGUUGCCAGUUGUUGCUGGGGGAACUUGGACUUCCUUCUUGAGUGAUCUUUGGUGAAGAUGGAGGUCCCAUUCCCCUCCGGCACUCUGUUGGGUGCAAGUUCCCAAAUCCAAACCCCACAGCACCCUCUCAUCCUUCUCACAACUGCCUAUGUAACUCGGCCCACCCCAUGCUCCUCCAGUUUGGGCCUUUUGACCAACCCCACUUCAUUCACCACUGGCCAACGUGCUGCCUGGUCCUAAGCUCUGGAAUUCCCUUCCCUACUUUACUCUUCUCUUAAAACCUAACCUUUCCAAACACGCAUGCACACACACGCACACACACACCCUGCGCUGAAGGAACUCAGCAAGCCAGUCGGCGACAGUAGAGGGGGAAUAAACAGUCAGUGAAUCUGGGUGAGCACAUGGUUGAAGAGUUGCAGAACAACAGUGAGCUGUGAGAUAAGGUCUUGCUGAACCACCGUCAAAAGAGAAGUCUGUGUUUCUCAAGACUUCCAGCAUCUGCAGAAUCUCUUGUGUUUAUGAUUUGCUGCUUCACUGCGAAGUCUCUUCAAAGGAUGCCUACCCGCUGAAGAAGUUUAAACCUUCUCCUCAAUGGGGGUCCAGUAAGACCCCCUCUCGCUGCUCCCCCUCUGUGAUCUCUGCUGCCCUCCAACUCUUUGACUGUGUACUCUCCCAGAUUUGCUGACUGUUUAUUCCUCUCCAUAGAUGCUGCUUGACUUGCUGAGUUCCUCCAACAUUUUAUGUGCCUUGCUCAAGAUUUUCUUUCCAAAUAAUCUUUGGUUGUCUCUCCUAUCAUCUGCAUAUCAAGCGCAGCAUCAAUUAUUGUGUGAAUACACUCCUAGAUAGAUAUCAUACAGAAACAGGCCUUUCAGCCCACAGAGUCUGUACUGACAAUCAAACACCCACUUACACUAAUCCUAUUUUAUUCACCUCACAUUUCCAUCACCUCCACUCAGAUUCUAAGACUCCUCUACACACCAGGACAAUUUACUGUGGCCAUUUCGCUGACUGACCUGUGCACUUUUGAGAUGCGGGAGGAAACCAGAGCACAGGAAGGAAAUUCACGUGUUGACAAGGAGAAUGUGCAUACCCUGCAUACAGACGGCAUCGGAGGCCAGUAUCAAACCCUUUCUGUGGAGCAAUAGCUCAGCGAACAGUGCAACUGGGCUGCCCUAGUCUGGUCUGAAGGCCCUGGGAACAUUUGUGAGGUUAAGAGCAGUGCAGCAAUAGGCAUUGACACUGAACGGUUCUUUUUCUGUCUCUGUGGCCAUGGAGCACACUCUCCUCAGGUCACGUGCUCAGUCCCACACCACAGCAUCACUGACACUUCAGUAUAUACCUAAGAGAUUGCUGGCCUGCAAAUUUCAACUGAAAUUAUUACAAAGUACAUCUAUGUCACCAUAUAUGACCCUGAAAUCCAUUUUUUGGGUAUACUCAAUAACACCAUAAUACAAUAAUAACCAUAAUCCUCACCUGAGGAAGGAUCACAUCAUGGCUCCUUCCUCAGGUAAGCAAAAUUCCAUAGCACACUAAUCUGGUGACAGGGUGUUUUCUGGGAUGCAGGAGUCUUCAUGCCAGAAACAAUAAAUGGCUGUUCAGUUUGUCAUCUGUUCAGCCACUUAGCAAAAUCCCAGGUAAUAUGCAUCCAGUCCCCUCAAUCUACCAACUGGCUGCUUGAGGCCAUCCUUCGAGAAGACAGUGUCCAUCAUUAAGGACCCUCACCAUCCAGGACAUGUCCUCUUCACAUUAGGGUGUACUGAAAGGAGCUGGAACAUGCACACUCAACACUUUAAGAACAAUUUCUUCCCCUUUGCUCUCAAAUUUCUGAAUGGUCUGUGAAUUCAUGAGUACUACCUCACUAUUCCUCUUUUGUAUGAUGUAUUUAUUUUAUUUUUUAUUGUAACAUAGUCAUUUUUUGUAUCUUGCACUGUACCUCUGCCACAGCGCAACAUGUGUCUGUGAUUAUUGACCUGAUUCAGAUUCUGAUUGCCCAUGUCCUUACAUAAUCUCUGUUUGCUAAAAGAUACAGGCAGUCCCCAGGUUAAGACUGGGUUCCUGAUCCAGAGAGCUGUACACAAUUCAGAAAUGAAAGCAGAGUGUGGGAGAGGAUCACAGAGACUGCUGUGACAGGGAAACAAGCAGAGUGGCUGUCAGCCGGCCUUAAUGACUAAGUGAGUCAACUCAGCCCCACAUAAUUGGUGCAGCUCAGGGGUGAAAGAAGAAGGGAUGAAGGCAGAGAUGUCCCAUUCCCACCUGGUGGAAGAUGCCUGCAGCCCCACAGUAGCCAGAAAAUCCAUCCCCAUCCAGCCCACCAGUCUCCCAAACACUAAUUGAUGCACACAGGAAAUCCACAUGUUGUAACAUGGGAGGAGCUCUGUCGUCUUCCUGAUUUAAAAGGAACAAAUUACUACAUUAUUUCCUCCAGCAGCUGACGUACUUGUAGUAGAUGUAA